AUGGCAGAAGACCUGAAGUCCAUCAUCACACCGACUCUCUUGACUCACAUUGCGACUUCUCGUAUUCCACAUGGCAAGGCAGAGUCUCUAGACUUCUCUCAAAUCGGCAGAGAGACGUUCAAGGAAUGCCACUUUGAUACGGACAUCAAAGAGCAAGCAUGGCCGGCCCUCGUGGCAAUGAGCAAAGUCGGCUUGGACGACUUUCCGGAUCCGCUGACGUUUCUCCCGGAGCCGAGCAGCCCCGAGUUCCCGGAGCAGAGUUUCGGCCUGACGCUUCUUCUCGACCAGGGCGCGCGCAUCUUCUGCAAGGGCAUUGAUGCGCGGUGGAGUGCAUGCUACUUCGAUGUCAUCGCCCAGCGGCUCGCCGCUGCCUUGCGCGCUCUGCCCGAGGAGCAACGCCCUGAUACCCCUUCCCGCUGGGAAAAGGACGUCGGAGCAUCGCUCGAUUACUGGCUGAUAACGCGGUUCUGGUUCGGUGCCGUGUGGGUGCACUCUGAGUCGCGGGAGAACCAGAAGAUUGCACUCGCAUACAUGGAGGAGACGCGGAAGAUCGUGGAAGAGGCCACAGGCAAGACGGAUCCUAACCGGGAAAAGCGAAGUGAGAUAUUGUCUGACACGACGACUUUUCCUUUCUUGUAUCGGCAAGGACCGCCGGAGGGAGACAAUGUGACACUCGCAGACUAUGCAUUUUUCAUGUGCAAGUUGAUGGAUGUGCAUUAUCCUAUCAUCGAGAAAUUUGGGCGCUAUCCAUACCGUAAUCGCAUCACGGGUAGGCAAACUACUGAUGAGGAGUUGGCCUGGCUUGAUAAGGUGGAUCAUUUGGGGGAGGCACCGGCCGAGAUAGGUGAGAAGAUUAAAGAAGACAUCGAAAAUGGAGUUUGGGCACCAUUGGGAUCUGGCUUGACGUAG